AUGGGGGGGGAAGGGGGGCGUCAACGUCGAACGUUAACCGUUUUUGCUUGCAGUUUAAUAUAUGUUGAGGUAUAUGGAGAGAGAUGUAAGGGAAGGGGGGGGGAGGAAGGGGGGGGGGAGGGGAGAGGGAGGGUAGGGGAGGAAGGUAUGGUGGGGGGGUGGGGGGGGGAUGUGUGUAGGGGUGGGGGGGGGGGGGAGGGGGAGGUGAGGUGGGUGGGGGGGGGGAGGUCGUGCGAAGGUGGUAGGAGGGGGGGGGGGAAUGGGGGGGACGGGGGUGGGAGGGGGGGGGGGAGGAGGUGGGGGGGGUGA